AUGGUAUACAAUUCGUUGACUGACUUCCCUCACAACCUCAAGGAGGGCAUUGACUGGUUGAUAGCCCUGAGGGGGAAGGAUGGUAAAAAGAACUUGGCGGCUAUGGGCGCAGCAGUCUACAAAUUCCUCUCAAACAAGCCUGUUGCCUGGAAGCAGUUGCCAGCGUUAAAGGAAAUGAAGCGCAUUUCUAAAAAGUUCGUGCAGCAAGAGGAGCUGAAGGAUCUGUGGCCCGCGAAUGAGCUGCUGGAACGGUACGAGCCACCCGUGAAUCCAAACCUCGACAAGGAAGUGCAUAUCUCCAGAGAUAUCUACGAAAGCGAUUAUAAGCGAGUCAUAGAGGCCAGGGGCGUCACUGCUGAAACCAUGGCAAAUAAGUUAGGUAAGAUCGUGCGUGGUACCGAGAAGUUCCUGAAAGAUAUACAAAUCCCUCACCAGUAUGAGUCUGCUUACAGCUCAGAAGCGACGUGGGAUGCAUCAUGCGCAAAAAACCCGGAAGAUUGUGCAGCGGUUUUCGUGGGGAGUACGUCUAUGUUAUACGCUGGCGUACUAUUCUUAUUGGACGCCAGCAGGUCCGCAGCAGCUACAUGGGCGGAUGAGGAUGCAGAAAUGCGUUUCAGAGAUGUAUUGAAAGCCGUUGGUUACGAUGAGUCGGUAUGCCGCGAUGGUAUAAGUGGUUCGGACACACUUAAGGCGUUGAGGAGUAUGAACACAGAUGUAUUGGAUAUAUUCUGCGACUUCGCCACAUUUUGGACAACUUAUGGAGCGCUGGCUGCAGAACCUGGAGAAUUUGGAGCUGUGGAAUCUGUAGAACCAGUUCAAGGAGAAUAA